AUGGCAAGACGACCAGAAGCUCAGAUAUCGCUAGAGCGAAUGCGAAAGUGGCUUGGGACGGUCGAGAUAAAGCUGUCACAGUUGACCCGGUUCGAUGACAACCAGCCUGCGUUGCAGCCAAACGAGUAUAGAGUUGAUGUCUUGGCAAAAAAGUUCCGGCGAUCACACAUUCAAGAUGGCCUACACGAAAACUAUGUCAAGGCAGUAGUCUCUACCCAGGGUCUCGACCGUGCUCUCCGAGCCAAAGGCCUGAGCCGAGAAGCACUCCAGCAAUUCCGCGACCCGACGAAUUACCUAGAGCUCGACUUUCAGGAUGGGGAGUUGAUAUGUCUCGGUGGUAGGUCGCGAGUUUUGGCGUCCCGAAAAAUUCCCCCAUGGGAUCGGCGAUGGCCUGUUGAGUUAUACUCUGAAGACAUAUCGUUAGAAUUGCAAAAACAGCUGAGAGACAAUUAUGUUGUCCAAGCGCCACUGACUGACGGUGAGAUUUUUCUUACUCUCCAACAAUAUAAACAGGCUGGCGACCUUUACUCGGUGAGUAUUUGGGAAGCCUACCUGUCGGAAACAAAGGCAAAUAACAUCGCCCGUUUGGCAGAGACACAAUUUGGUAUCAUUUUGUUAUCUCUAUCCCUUAUUCCAGGGCUGUGGAGAGACGGUAUCCAUUUGGGGGUGUUGCACAAGAUGCGAUCCCUCCACGUAAAUUCAGAAAUUAUACAUUAUCUCACCGAAAUCAAGAACUUCUUCGGUGGCCUCGUCGGUCACGAUACUACAAUGAUGGCCAAGCUUACCCAGGAAGAUAUCGAUGCUCUACAAAGUACUGCCCCGAAAACCAGCGAGAACGAUAAACAAACGCUACUCGCUGCUAAAAUUCUGGGUGCCUUUUCCCCAGGCGAACAAGGUGAAAUUUGCAACAAUUUCUGCGAUCGAAAGUUGCUCAUACCAACCCUAUUUACAUUUUUCCAUGAUAUCAGCAUCAUAAACCAGUGCGCCCCUAGGAUUUUGAAGCUUAUAGAUAAGGACAAACUAGUGCCACCCAAUGGAUCCAAGGAACCAGAUAUUCGAGCGUCGAUGGCGUACAUGUUCGAAAGUGAUGGUAGUAUCCAGUACAGCGAUGACUUUGAUAUUCAGAUAUCCGAGAGCGACAGUCGCUCUGUGACAGUCAACAGCCAUUUACGUUUCGAACUUGCAUACCGGCAAUUGUGGCUAUACGCCAUUCGGCAUUUCCUCCGGCCAGACCAACGGAAGCAUAGGAAGAUUCGAUUCCACAUUGAUCAGGAUGGUGAGACAAGAAUGCUGGCAGCGUUUGCCUCCAAACUACGAUUCUCUUCCACUUCUAUCCGAAACCUUACCUCAGGCCCGGUUAGUUCCACAACCCGAAUCGUCACGGACCCGAAUUCUGGCACGCGAUACGCCAGCCGCGAACAAAGGUGCGGGCUUCCCCACCCUUCAAACUGGCAACGGGAUCGUGAGUUACUUUUUUUGGAUCGGAUUUACUCUUCGCCAGAGGAUACGGACAUUACAUCAUUUUUCGUGCUACAAAGUAUCUUCUAUAAUUUCUUUGGAUGCCCGGAUGGUUUUACGCCUUUGGAUGGCACCGCUGGCAACACGAACACCCCCGGUUGGCCAGGUACAAGCGGGCACGAAACAACCCCCAACAACCAAGGCUCUGGUCAAGGCUCCGUUAACACAGGGCAACCUACUUCUUCCAGAAACGUUCCUGGCCAGCCACCAACGAGUAUUCCAGGACAAGGGUUUCCUGGCCAUACGGAUCCAGGCCAAGGAUUUGGCAACUCGGGGCCAGACUUUACUUCAUUCAGAAAUGGAUGGCAAGGCUAUGCGCCAGCCAAUCCUGUCAACGGUGUACACAGCUCGUCAUCCAGCAACGAUCCUACUUCAGUGGCUUUAGAUCAAAGCACGAUCAACCGGAUCGACGCGAUACUAGAGAGAUUGUCACGAUUGCGAACGCAAGUAGAAGCGACACAAGGUGAUAUGCGAAGGCAUAUUGACCAGGUAACGGUGUACAAAGGUUUGCUCCGAGAAACAGAUGUAUCUUUUCAGUCCCGGCGUGAUAGCCUUUUGUCACAAUUAAAUGGGCUGGAACUAUCACUCAAUACACGACUGCGAGGCGUUGAGGACUCUCACAAAUUUUGCCUGGACCUACCCCAGGAACUAAACAAAAUAAAAGCGGAACUACUAAAGCCUACAACAAAUUUGCGCCUUACAGCCACCAAUUAUCUUUAUGCCCAGUUUGUCGACAUGGCGUUACCUCGUCUCAACUAUUACGACAGUCAAGUCCAGGGCGAUAUAUUUUCGGAACAAGAGGCAUCUACAGGAUUACGUCAAUGUGGUGUGGCCGUCCUCAACCUCAAAGUCUUCACCCUUUACGGUAGCGUGGCUGGAGAUAUAGAAAGAUCCAAGAUGCAGAGCCAGCGUCUUUUUCAGAUUGCUGGGCACGUGAUGGAAGUAAAGAAAGUCGUUAGAAGUGACCAAGAGAUUAGUGAAUGGAUUGCGAGACUGGAAGCGCUGAAAAAAGAAUCCGACAUCAUGCAGUCAAACUUGAAAGAAUGGCAUGACGCGGUGGUCCGCUUUGACGCAACCCAAAAAGACCCAGCGUCUACGGAAUUAUACGAGUCCACGAUUAUUCUACAAGAUGAAUGGAUCAAGCAGUUUCCAAUGGCCUAUUCUAACUUAAGAGAUCUCAAUGAGAAAACCAAAUCCGAUAUAGAUCGGAUUCAGAAAAUGCUCAUUGAUGAAUUGUCAACGGUUCUGAAAAGCCAGUUGACUGAUAUUAACGAUAUGAAAGAGCAAGUGACAGAAGAACAAGCCCUACAACAAUUUAACAAUGAACUUGAGGUGAUAUAUGGUGAUAUCAAAUAUCUAUCUAUAGUUGAGGAGGAAAAACCUGAACUAGGUGGCUGUCUAGAUCGAACAGCUGACAGGAACAACAAAAUAAAACACUGGAGAAGUGACAUCAGGCAAAUCCUUCAAGAAAACGAGGAUGGGAUGGACACCACCGCGUCCGAGUCGCUAAAUUCGAAAGGUGGACAACUUGGGCAAUGGAAUAGAUUCUUGACCGGCAUACAAGUUCAUAUGGAGUGUGUCGUUGGAACCUUUGGACAAGACAGAGCUUUUGAGCAUAGGGAUCCGUACAUAAGUGCAUUUCGUGCAUGGAAAACUGCGCAAGAACAGGCCCCAAACCGCGUCAACUACAAACUCUAUAGUGCUGCACGAAACGCAGUCAAAAAUAUGCAGCACCAGGCUGAAAAUGUAGAGCAUGUUAUCUAUGAUGAAUUGAGCACAUUAGUACGAGAUGCAAUGCAGAAACUGGAGAAUAUGGGACAAGAAACUCUACUACGGAAAAAGUGUGAAGUGCUUCUGCAUUCAAUAGGCGAACGGGAUCGAAGGGUCAGUGAUGAUAUCCAGCGAGACGCGAGCCCAUUGUCCUCUGAAGCCCGAGCAAUUGAACAGCUGGAUACUGAACAUCGGGAGACGCUAAAGGCCGUCCAAGAUGUACUGGAAAAUUGGGCAAAUGCCCGUCGAUCAAAGAAACGUCAAUUCUCAGAAGAACCACCACGAACCAGUGCGCGCCAGAAGGCGCCAGUGAACGUCAGAUUUUGGGUCAUGUUGAACGAGAAAUGCAGGCCGCUAGAAUUCGUUUUGGAGCAAAGACACUUGUCUGAGCUGGGGAGAACAUUCACAGAAGCCCGCUUUCAAAUUCAACAAUUUCGAUUAAUGGGUGCUUCAUAUAUGCCUGCUCCUAUCAAUUUUUCUGUCAGCUCACAUAAAGACGCUCUAGGAUACUUUGCGUCACAAGAGAAUCCCAAAGAAUUGAACAAAUAUGGGGAAUUUUUGGCCAGCUUAACUUCGUAUAUUAAAGUAAUUUGGGAUCCAAGUCAAGCAGAUAAGGCCUGGAAAAACGCUAAUGCUAAAUUCGAUUUUGAUCUUAGGUCUAAGUUUAGAGAAUAUGAAUCUAAGUUAGACGAAGAUGAACUCAGCCUAUGA